CGCGGAAACGGCGCAGCGGAAGUCGAGGAUAAACUUCACGAUGGUGGAAGAAAAAAUUGUUUAUGGGUCUAAUGGUUAAAGAGGAGCGAUUUAUAACUAUUAACAGUCCGUCGUUCGCUUGUUUCGACUAAUAUAUUUGUGUUUUAUUCUCGUUUUGCGGAGAGAAUAUCAAUUAUCAAUUUAAAAAAACGGCAUUUCCAAUGCGAGCGCAGAUCUCGCAGCAAGCGUUAAUUUUAUCCAGAGGCGAAUUGGUCGUCGAUGUCGAGAUUUGACAUUUGUUAGGUGUUCACAAGCAAUAUUUGUCCGUACAGAUCUGCGAGCGCGGGAAGAUAUGAGACCAGAGGAGCUGCUUUGAUGAAAGCGAUGCAAAAGUAGCUCGUCGGCGAUCCUUGUGUGUGCUUCCCUCUCUUAUGAACUGAUCUGAUCCGGUCUGGUCGGUGGAGAUGUCUCUGGUAGCGUACGACAGCAGCGACGACAGCGAUCGCGACGCUUCGCCUCCUCGCCCCGCGGGUAAGAUCGGCGGACUCUUCGCGUCUCUGCCCGCGCCGAAAACCUCGGGGCAAACAUCGGCUCCGCAGCCGAAGAGGACGGCGAUAGAUCUGCCCAAACCCAAAAAGCGCACCGAGCCCGUUAAAAUCACCGUUCCCGAAAUAAAACCAGCAGACUCUGAUUCUGAUGAAGACGAGCCCGUCCGAAAGAAAUCAGCUUCUCGGGGAGGUGGAGGGCUGUCCUCUCUUCUGCCCCAGCCUAAGAACCUGGUGGUGAAGGAGACCGAGCGGCCCUUGCUGCCGCACACCCUAACCAAACGCCCCGGCUCGGACAAGCCGAAGACGACCCCGGCGAAGUCCCAGGGUCUGUCCGGAAGCAGCCCGUCCCCGUCCGCCAUCAAAGCGGCUGCUAAGUCGGCGGCGCUGCAGCUAGCCAAACAAAUGGCCGCGGAUGAAGAGGGAAGUGACGACGAACUCGCUCCAGAGAACUACUUUUCCCUUCCGGAGAGCUCAGCGCAGCCCGUCCCGUCUCAAAACCCUCAUUCCGAGCCGUACGUUCCCUCGCUGCACCCCACCGGCGUAGAGGACGCCCCGCUGGACUUUGUUCCUAACGCAGACGGAUACAGCAGGUCAGCCGGAGCCGUGCAAGACUAUGAGAGCGGAGAAUAUCAACACCAGUAUCCAGCAAAUCCAUUGCCAGAGACUUCUCCGCAGGAUUACUACGGUGAAGGAUAUUACCAAGACCCCAAUCCUGCGGCUGAUGACCAGGAAGAUUCAGGAUCCUCUUCAUUGUUCAAUGAUGAAGCAUUUCGGCGGCUACAAGGCAAACAGAAUCGCGGAAGAGAAGAAAUCAAGUUCUUGGAGAUCAAAGGAGACGAUCAGCUGAGCGGAAACAAGCAGUGGAUGACCAAGAACAUGACCGCGGAGGCAGAGCCCCGCAAGUCCUUCAGCAAGAAAAGAGGAGACCAGCCGACGGGGCAACAGAGGCGCAAACACCAAAUCACGUAUCUGAUUCAUCAGGCCAAGGAACGCGAGCUGGAGCUCAAGAACAGCUGGGCUGAAAACAAGCUAACUCGACGUCAAACGCAAGCCAAGUAUGGAUUCUAACGAACUGGAUGCACACCUUUACCCAACGUCGAGGAGAUUGUGUCAGAGACUGCAGCCAAUACAGAGAUGUCAUCCGUUUGCAAGCUUUUAGAGAUGUGAUACCAAGUUUGUAUUGUUUCAGAAAGACUUAUUGGCUGCUAUUAUGAUGUUUAGGAUGGCUCCCAGUUGUCUACCUAAUAUUAUCUUUCCAUUUGAAGUACAUUGGGUUUUGGGUCACCCGUAACAUAAUAGUAGCUCUUGUAGGUUCACAUGAUUUAUUCGUUUAUCAAACGAUCGGGAUGUCUCGACUUGGGAAAGUCUCGUCUUCCACACUGCCAUUGUGAGCAGUGGCAUAUGUAAAAAAAAAAAAAAAAUAGUGUUCGAAAAUGUGAAAGAAACUGGAAACACUUUACAAUAAGUUUGUUAACAUUAGUUAAAUGUGACUCAUGUUACGAUUUUUUUUCUUUUUUUAUAGCGUUUAAUCCUUUUGGUCGGUGUCCGUUUAGAAAUGUUGUUUGUAAGUUGGAAAUGAAUUACGUCGAUAUUACAUGUUAAUGUGUACAAUCUUAUUAUAAAGUGUUGCGACAACAGCCUUGUAAAAAGCGUUUGAGUGAAUCUUCCCAUCGUUUAGCCGCUUGUUUUCGUGAAUGUUGAUUCUUAAUCGUAGAACCAUAAAUAAAGUACGGUUUCGCUGUAGAAAACACUUUUAUGUGUGAAAUAGUUCACUGCCAGAAAUAAAAAGACGUAAACCUGCGCAAAAUAAAAUAUCUUCACAAUAAAAUUUGACAUUUAAAUGA